AUGGCACCACAAAGAUAUGAGGCAGAGCACAAGGACCCAGCUCCAUUGGGCAAGCCUCUCGACUUCGUCUUCUCCAAACGCACUGCGCAGAACCGGUUCCUCAAGGGCGCCAUGACUGAGCGCCUCUCUUCAUUCGACCCCGAUGUCCUAGAGAACCGUGGUGUCCCAUCCAAGGAACUAGUCAACGUCUAUCGACGAUGGGGCAAAGGCGAAUAUGGCGUCAUCCUGACUGGAAACAUCAUGAUCGAGUACGACCACCUAGAGGCCGCCGGCAACCCCAUUAUCCCCCGCGACGCAAAGUUCGAAGGCGAACGCUUCGAAAUGUUCAAGGAGAUUGCAACCGAAGGCAAGAAACAUGGAUCAUUGAUGGUGGGACAAGUAUCCCACCCAGGACGACAAGUCACAGAAGAGAUCCAAAAGAACCCCAUUUCCGCCUCUGACGUGCAGCUCACCAAUAACCUAAUGGGCAUGACCUUCGCAAAGCCUCGCGCCGCCACCGAGGGAGACAUCAAAAACGUCGUCAACGGCUUCGCCCACGCGGCUGAGUAUCUUGAAAAAGCCGGCUACGACGGCAUCCAACUACAUGGUGCCCACGGCUACCUCCUCGCGCAAUUCCUCUCUCCAACCACCAACCUCCGCACCGACGCCUACGGCGGCUCCCUCGAAAACCGCGCUCGCAUCGUCACCGAAAUCGGGCAGGAAAUCCGCAAACGCACGUCCUCCAGCUUCAUCCUGGGCAUCAAGCUCAACUCGGUCGAAUUCCAAGAUAAAGGCUUCAACACCGAGGAUGCAGCAACGCUGUGCCAACUCCUCGAGUCCAACUCAUUCGACUUUGUAGAGCUAUCCGGUGGAACGUACGAGCACUUGGCGUUUAGCCACCAGCGCGAAUCCACCAAGAAGCGCGAAGCCUUCUUCCUCGACUUUGCCGAGAAAAUCACUCCCUCACUCUCAAAAACCAAAACCUACGUCACCGGCGGCUUCAAAACCGUGCCGGCCAUGCUCAACGCCCUCUCCGCCGUCGACGGCAUCGGGCUCGCGCGCCCCACCUGUCUCGAACCCGAACUUCCGCGCCAGAUCCUCGCAGGCGAGGUCAACGCUACCAUUAAGCAGCGCAUGGAAGAUGGCGAGUUUGGGAUUUCGCUUGUGGUGGCAGGCGCGCAGAUUAAGCAGUUGGGCAAGGAUGAGCAGCCGAUUGAUCUGAGCGACGAGGCGAAUUACGCGGCGUUUUUGAAGGAUAUGGAGGAGUGGACGCGGCAGGACAGGAAGCAUGGGAAGGGGUAUGGGCAUAUGGAUGUUAAGAGUGUGAAGGCUGUGCCGUAUGGCGCUCCUGUGGCGACUACUUCGUAA